GUGUGUGUGUGUAUGUGUGUGUGUGUGUGUGUGUGUGUGUGUGUGUUUGAGAGAGAGAGAGAGGUGUCUUUAUUUCUGAAAUUGUUUGUGAAAGAGAGGGAGUGUGUGUGCUUAUGAAAGGUAAAUGUAUAUUUAUAAAAAGUGUAUUUGUGCUUGUAUGUCUGUUGUUUAUAUUUGAAUGUGUGUGAGAGGAAGAAGAGGAGGAGGAAGUUAGUGUGUGUUACUUUAUGAAAAGUAACUAUGUACAUUUAUGAGGUGUGUGUGUGUGGAGGGGGUGGGGGGAGAGAAGUACACACAUACAACCUCUUGGGGCCGGCUGUUUGGGUGAAGGGCACCAGGACAUCCACCCUGUCUCACCCAAGCAAGAGGGUCUGCUGGUGAACAGGUUGGAGAUGAGCUGAGGUGAUCUACCUGGCCAGGACUCUUGGUGUCACCUGCUUCUGUGUUUGAUCAGGUCACCUUUGUGUUGUGGAAGCAGUGAGGUAAGCGUGUGUGUGUGUGUGUGAGAGAGAGGGAGACAGACAAACCUUGUAUGACAGAGAAGGAUAUGUUUCAUUUAAUCUUUGUUUUGUAUUGAUAAUAUGUUUUGUUCCUUGUAUGAUUUCCUGGUAUUUAUUUGUAUUUAUUUAUUUUAUUUAUUUAUUUAUUUUUAUUUCUCUUAUUUAUCUAUUUUUUUUUUGGGUGGUGCACAAGACUUUUUCCACCACGGGCUGGCAGGGCUGAGAGUGUGAAAUGUGUGUGUGUGUAUGGUGCCAUGUCUGGGCCUCCCUGUGUGUGAGUGCUAGCCUGGUAUAUGGACAGAUUUAUUUUGAAGUUUUUAUAUUUUUCCCUUUACUUUUAAAUUGUUAUCAUCUUGAAAUUAGUUCAGAGAUCAAAAAUAUAUGAUGUCAGAUACAUAGGUACUUAUUUAUUAAUUUAUUUUAAUGUUUAUGUUACUGUUUUAUUAGUUCAGAGAGGGAGAGAGUCUUGCAUUCAUGGUCACCCAAGACGUACCAAUUUCAGACCAAAAUUAAUCUACCAUUCAAUCUUUAUUAGCUAUUAUCUAAUAUAUUACCACUUUUAAACACCAAAUCCAUCAACCAUUUAGUCCACAGCACCUGUAUUCCUAAGUACAUAACGUUUAGACCUGAAAUUAAUCUGUAGUUCAUAUUGCAGCACCUGUGUCACCUUGUACUGCUCCUCCUCUCCCCGACAACCCGAGGAAGAGGAGCAGCCUGCCUGUAGGUCCUCAUGGCAGUCUUUGGGCACAGAGGAAUGAAGAGAUGUGGAUGAUAAAGGAACACAAGCAGAGGAAUGAUGGAUAUAAAUGAAUUAGAUAAAAGGAAGAGUGGACAAAGGAUGAGGGAACUGAAGACAUCAAGGCACCCAUCUGCUGUGAAGCACUAUGGCGAUCCGGCCCCUCAAGAAACCCAAGAUUGUCAAGAAACGGAUUAAGAAGUUCAUCCGCCAUCAAAGUGACCGCUAUGUUAAGAAAAGGCCCAACUGGAGGAAGCCCAAAGGCAUUGACAACAGGGUGAGGUGGAGGUUCAAGGGACAGUACCUUAUGCCCAAUGUUGGCUACGGGUCGGCCACCAAGACCAAACAUAUGCUGCCCAACUGGAGGAAGCCCAAAGGCAUCGACAACAGGGUGAGGCGGAGGUUCAAGGGGCAGUACCUCAUGCCCAAUGUCGGCUAUGGGUCGGCCACCAAGACCAAACAUAUGCUACCCAACGGCUUCAGGAAGGUUCUCAUUCACAACGUGCGGGAGCUGGAGGUGCUGAUGAUGCAAAAUAGAACCUUCUGCGGGGAGAUCGCUCACGGUGUGUUGCCUCGCAAGCGCAAAGAGAUCGUGGAGCUCGCCAACCAGCUGUCCAUCCGCCUCACAAACGGUUCUGCACGCCUCAGGACGGAGGAAUCCACCUAGACCGUGCGGAUGCUUGUGGAUGAGGGACAAAAAAAAAACUUUGUAGCAGCCAUUUUGUGAGAAAUAAAGUGAAUGUGUUUUGGGAGAGCUAC